AUGAAUAUUGAUCUGAUUAAAGUAAUUGAGAAAAAUUAACAAAAACUUGAUUAACAUAGCCAAAAGCUAUCUGCUUAAGCCAGAGAUAUUUAUGCAUUAACUGUACUUUACGGGAAUAGUAAUUUUAAAAGCAGUAGCAUUGAAAGGAGUUAUGUAAGUACUAGAAAAUCAACAAAAUAGAAUUCUGUAGUUCCCAAUAAAUCUGAGCUCUCUCGUCUUAUCGAUUCGUCUUCUCCGAUAUCUGUUAAACAAUCACAUAUUGAUCAGAUUGCUUCAGUUAGUCCUAAUCGAGAUGACUUAACUAGAAUAAGAAUGGAAAACGCUGCUUUGAAAGAAAAGAUGAAUUCAAAAGAAAAGUAGAUCGAUCAAUUAGAUAAGACAAUCAAUGCAUUAAAAAAAGAAAAGGAUCUUAUGAUUUAAUAGUAUUAGAGCACGAUUAAUCGCAUCACUAAAGAAUUAGAAAUUGGUAAGAAAAAUGCCAUGAAUGUGGAACAAGCACUCUAGGAAUAAAUUAAAUUUUUAGAAUAAAGUCUAGAAAAAAAUUAAAAUAACGACUUUAGAUUAAAAGAGAUGGAGUCCACUAUGCAGACUCUAAUUUUAGAAAAUGAAUAAUUGAAACAAUAAAAAAAAGAAGAUGCUAAAUGGUUAAGAGAAUUACAGGAAUAAUUUGAAAUUUUUUAUACCAAAAGUUAAGAAACAAAAAAUAAAAUAGAGGAUACCAAGCAUUUCAUAUUCCAACUAUCAGAAAUUACACAAUAUUUGAUAAACAAGUAAGCACCUCCAUUAGAAUUUUUUGUUCAUAUGAAUAAAUUACAAAAAUAAUAAAAAGUUGAUUCCACUCCAUUACCAAAGGGAAGCUCAAUGAAGCUAAUAUUUGCUUAAGUUUUUUCAUUGCAAAUAGAAUCAUUGGUAACCUUAAAUUAGAUUCUUAAAGACACGAAGACCCAAGUGGAGAAAUUUUCUAACUAAUAUAUUUCUUAAGUUGGUUUGUAAUUGGUUUCAUUAUGA